GCGUGGUUGGAGCGCUCAUUCCCAGACCAUGCAGGUGGUGUGAGACACUGUUUUGACAUAGGCGUAAAUAGAGACUUCGGUUACAAGCUUACAAGCUAAGCAUGGCGGGAGUUUUAGAAGAUGUGCGUGCUGAAGAUUUUAUAGAGUAUUUUUUAUUCCCACAACACAAUGAUAUCAACUUGGCUCUCAAAGAAAUCAAUUUGACGGUGGAAAAAUUCACGAAGGACUACAUUUGGCAUAAGGACCCUUUUUUCCUAAAGAUUGCUGCAUCUGGAGAAAAUGGUCUUGGCGUUCCCCAUUUGCAUGGUGUCACACAUUUUGGAGACAAUAUUGAAGACGAGUGGUUCAUCGUGGCCCUUCUUCUGAAUUUGACUUUGCGCAUUCCUGGAUUGAUUGCAAGAGUGGAGGACAGCGACGGAGAAUUUUUAUUGAUUGAAGCAGCUGACUUUUUGCCCAAAUGGGCCAGUCCUGAAAUUUGCGGAAAAAGGGUUUACAUAUCAGACGGCAGCAUCCACAUUGUCUCUGAAAACGACAAUAAGUCUCAAAAUAUCAGCGUGGAAAGUUGUUUGCAACUAGUGCACAAGCAAAGCAAACUCACCAGAGCUUCAGAUGACAUUCAAAAUGCCAUUCAGGCUAGGACGAAAGGGUACCCAGAAAAAGCAUCAAAGAAUCUCCACUUCACAAAUGUAUAUGUGCCAGCCACUGUCGCUGCUCUGCUUGAGGUCAAACCUCAGCUGAUUGCUCCUGCCACCAUUGCUUUUUGUGACAGGGACUUGAUUGAUUCAAAGGCUUGCAGAGCAAUGAGAUUUUUCCCACCAGAAACCAGGGUUUUGACCAGAGUUGCAUUUACUCGGUGCCUGUAUGCGGCGCUGGUUCGCCAGCGGUUCACGCCUGACAGGAGGACUGGUUGGUCUCUUCCUCCUUUCAACACGCCCGAAUUUGCGUCUCACGAGCUUGGAGCCAAACUGGCUUCUGGUUUUGAAAUUUUGGUAGCAAGGGCGAAGCCGCGACCUGGAGAAGACAGCAGAGCCUGGCAGUUGUAUGUUGACAAACUCAAGAGUCGGGGAUAUUUUCAGGGAUUGCUUGAAGGAUCAAAAGGCCACAGCCAGAAACUUCACGAAGCAAAGCAGUACUUUGCAGAGCAUGGCGCCGAAGCUGGAGAGGCAGUGGGCGAGUCGAUUUUGGCACUUUUGUCAAACAUGGACGUGGAUGUUGAAAAGCUGAAGGCAAAUGAGAAGAGCCUUCCUCAGCCUGACAGUGACUCGUGGCUUGAGAUUACACCAGAGGAACUGGAUGAAAUGCUGAAGGAUAGGUAUGGAACUGAGAGGAGCAACUUCCCCGCCAGCUCGCAUCCUUCUCAGAUUCCUGGCCAGUUAAACAAGUUUUUGGAGCAAAUGAGCAGUUUCGAGGGAGUGGAGUUUGCUGGGAAUGGUGGUAAUGGCAGUCCUCCUGUUCGCCCUAAAAGAGGUGUCAAGAAAGGCAAAAACAAAACGACAUCAAUGGACAUCAGUGAUAAUGAGCAAACCGACAGCCCUUCUCGUGCUCCAAAAGUUGAUUUCAAUCCAGAUGCUUUUGCCUGCGCUGUGCAGAAUAUCCUAGACUUUGCUCUGCCUGAUGACAACUGGGAUCUGGAGUCUGGUUCUGAUAUGAGCUCAAUCGGAGAAGAGCAUGACGACGAAAUGGAUGAAACGAAAGUUGGAAAGGUGGACAAAACGAUUAAAAAAUACAUGGCGCAAAUGGAUGCAGAGCUGGCCAAGACAACAAUCGGAGAGAGCUUUGAGAAGAGCAAACCUGAGGUGCACGAGGACAGCUUUGAUGAUAUUGAAGAUUUUAGGCCUGUUGAUAUUGAUUUGAAUGCGUUGAAAAACGUUCUUGCAUCUUACCAAUCUGAAUUGGGAGUUGGUCCCGGACCAGCUUCUUCGCUUCUUGGACCCAUGGGGGUCCAUUUGGAGACAAUGCCUUCUAAGGAUUCUAAAGAGUCCAUUUAGUCCAGAUUUUGUGCAGUUCGCAUAGCAAAGAUUCAAAUUACACAUUGCCUCAUCAAAUUUUGCAAAUUUUGCAUUUUACACUUCUUAAAAGUAUUAUUUUUAUGGUAAUGCAUAUAUUUUCAGUGUCUAAUAUUUUGCACAAAAGUUGAAGAUCUCUUUUUUACCGUUGUUCCAAAGUUGUGGAAUGUCGAUUCGAUUUAGCUGUGAAAAAAGGGUCACUCAGAAAUUUUAAAUGCAAUGCCUAGAAAAAGCAAUUUCCUGUUACCUGCCAUACCUUAUUCAAUAAAUCCUAAAAUUAGUUAAAAAAAA